AACAAGCCGCAAUUUCGCGUUGUUUUUUGCUACGUUUUUCGCUGUCACGGUCGCCCGCGUAUCGAGGAGUGUCGGAGACACCCUAAUCUCUCGCACAAUGCAGCUUCUGCAGCCGACAACGGCGCUCGCGCGAUCUUACGGCCUGUCGCGGUGUUUGUUGUGCCGGAAGCUGCGAAGUGCCGGUCAAACGACCCUGACGAAGUCGCAACACCGCGUUUCCAGUAUGCAGUGGUCGCUUCGCGAAUGCGGUCUCUAUGAAACGCGAUCCGCGGUAUGCGAGACUCUUGUAGCGUCCAUCAACGUUCACACUUUCUCGGUUUGUAGGUCCUUCGUGACUCACCGGAUCAUGGAAGGAGCGACGAUUCACUCUCUUCAGACGGAUCCCAAAGUUGUGGCGGAGAGAGAAAAGUUCCUGUCCCUCCCGCUGGCCGAGAAGCGGGCCUCCUACAAGUGCGGCAGCAAGUUCGUGACCAUCCAAGACAUUGAUGACUGGCCAACGUACAGUGCUUCUAAAAAAAUCUCGGGAAAAGGCUCUGGAAAGUAUAAGGUGCGCCCCGACCUGAACUCAAAGGUUUCCAUCUUCGUCGGCGACAUCACGGCACUGGAAAUCGACGCCAUUGUGAACGCUGCCAACAACCGUCUUCUUGGAGGGGGUGGCGUGGAUGGUGCCAUUCACAGUGCGGCAGGGCCCAAGCUGAAGGAGGAAUGCGCCACGCUGAACGGCUGCCCGACCGGUGAAGCCAAGAUUACAGGCGGCUACAAGCUACCUGCCAAGUAUGUCAUCCACACGGUCGGUCCAGUCGGUGAGAACGAGGCCAAGCUGCACAGCUGCUACCUCACGUGCCUCGAAACGCUUAAGGCCCACAAGCUGCGCUCAGUGGCAUUUCCAUGCAUCUCAACAGGUGUCUACGGUUAUCCAAACGAGAAAGCAGCACACGUGGCCCUGUCAACGGCGCGUGAGUGGCUCGAAGCUGACGAAAACGCUCACAAGGUGGACAGAAUCAUCUUCUGCCUGUUUCUGGCAGUGGACGUUAGGUUGUACGAACAGCUGCUUCCCGUGUACUUUCCUCUACACGAUUAGAAGAGUUGACACCCAACAAGCUCUAGCCAACCUCCUCCACCCUCCCAAAAUUUCACAUUUAUUUCUCACAUUGCCAUUGCAUGCGUAUGGACUUUGUUCGACUAAUAAACUGCAUAGCUUGCAGGAAAA